CUUUUCUCUCUCUCAACAUACAUGUAUUACAAUGUUCCGAUUUAAUGUUCACGGCUCAUGGCUUGCCUAUUAAGCUGCUGUUGCCAAACUAAUUCCUUACUUUUCUUCCCUUUUUUUUUUGGUUUUAUUUUCUUUUCUCUUUUCUCUUUUCACUUGUACAUAGAGGGGAUCUCGACGAGCCAUAAUAAUUAAAUCGUUAAAAUCGGCCAACCAACCUGUCAUGGAUUUUUAAGUAGGUACAUACAUACUGAUUAGAAAAAAGAUACAAAUACGAUCCUCGUAAUAUUGAACUAAAGGUUUAUUUAUUUCCAUUUCCAUUCCCUACUCUUCUUGUACUCUCUCUACUAAGGUUAGGCAUGUACAUCGACAUCCACUUCCCACUCUCCAAGUCUCCAUGCCCUCCAGUCUCCCCAGUCUCCCCAGUCUCUCCAGUCUCCCAAUAUACCAAACCAACUUUUUACUCCCUCGUAAACCAACCAAACCAGUAAAUACAUAACCCAUAACCAUAUCUGUUCACCUUUCCUAGCUAUGCAGCUUCGUUACAGGGUCUCCUCUGGAACCCUAACCCUCGAGUUGGAUGACGAUGCAACCGUUAGUCAGCUCUUCGAAUCUCUCAAGUCAAGCCUUGGUCAAUCUGCUAUAACUGUUAAGUACGGCUGGCCUCCGAAGGCGCUGAGUGUGGCUGAUCAAGGCGACGUCACUCUGAAGUCGCUAGGGCUUCAGCGUGAGAGCCUCACCGUUGUCCCCGCCGAGAGCAGCUCUGUUGAAGCCCCAAAAUCUAUCCAGCAGACCACCACUACCUCCACUACCAAUUCAUCCGGUAAUCAAGAAACUGGCAUCAAGGGCCAAGACAUCCGAGUUAAACUGGAUGAUAAGGAUACCACUCUAGUCCUACGAGUUAUGCCCGACGACAAUAGCUGUCUCUUCACUGCCGUGGGCGGCGCUCUAUGCGGCGUGCCUCUCACGGAGAACGGCUUGCUCGACUUCCCAGCAGAGCAGUAUGCACCAGAAACGCUGCGCCGACUUGUCGUCGAUUGUAUCCGCAACAACCCGCACAAGUAUACCGCCGCCGUACUUGGACAGUCCCCUGCAGCCUACUGUGACAAGAUGAUGCGCCCGGACACAUGGGGCGGGGAGAUCGAACUCUCCAUCUUUUCCGACGUGUUCAAGCUCGAGUUCAGCGUUGUGGAUGUCAAGGGAGGAAACAUAAUCACGAUUGGUGAGGGCAACUGUUACAAUCAGCGCUGCGUGCUCGUUUGGUCUGGCAUACACUACGAUCGCGUCGUCGAAGUUCUGCUGCCUGACGAGAAGCACACGGAAUACGACAUCACUCGUUGGCCCACCGAGGGUUGUGACUACGUCCUGGAAGGCGCCAGGAAGAUGUGCAAGACACUUCGUGAUGAUCACCAUUACUACACAGACACCAGUGACUUUAUUAUUCAGUGUAACGAAUGUGGAUGGGUUGGUCAGGGUGAAAAGGCUCUCACCUCUCAUGUGACCAUCACCGGCCAUCUCAACAUCACCGAGAUUACAGACAACUCAACUUAGUUGAUUAUCAUGCAUCUACCUUACUGGGUGGCAGUGGUUUCAGUUGACAUAGUCUCUUGCAGAGCACCGCAUAUAAUGAAUCUGAUACCGUGGGUCGUGGGCCAUGUACCUAGCUAGAGACAUAGCAUGAUAUAGUUUGAGAGGAAGGAGAGGCAGAAAAAGACAAAGGAAGGAAAUAUUAUUCAGGAGGAUAUGCAUUAGAGGGCGUUGGUUUCUAGCUCAAGCUUUUGCGAAAGCCUUCAUAUCUGCCUAAAUGGUUAGGCUAGUAGUUGAUACCAUAUAAUAUACCACUAUCAUACCACUAGGUAGGAGAUGACAAUGUGAAAGGAUAUUUAUGUGUAAAUAUUGGUGAAUCUGUGUAAUCCGUCCCCGGUGCCUUAUGGUAGCACUAGACUACGUCGUGAAGUGAUAGAACGGAAUGAUGACCAACUUUGAAAUAGCUUUGCAUACUAUGUAGGUAUGUAUGAAGCUACUUGCAACACAGGUAUACAAAGAACUGGAGCUAAACC